UGGUUCCUUGGUUGUGAUUCUGUCCUCCAUGGCUUGAAACUGCUCAUUUGGUAUCAGGCAAUCAGGCUGAUGAUGGCUUCAGGUGUGGUGGUGAAGACGAAACGAAAAGGAAAAUUUGCUGAUAAUGCUGUUAGGUACAAUGAAAUGAGUCUUCGUCAAAAUGGAGCCAUCUUGGAUUAUUGUAGGACGUCAAUGUCAUCAUUAUCAGGUGCUGCGGCUGGAAUUCUUGGAUUGACAGGACUACAAGGCUUUGCAUUUUAUUUUGUUACAGCAUUGUUAUUGUCGGUGAUGUUAAUGUUCAAGGCUGGUGGAUCAUGGAAUAAAUAUUUUGUAACAAGAAGAGACCUUUUUAUAAGCGGACUAUUUGGAGGAAUAUUUACAUAUAUUUUAUUUUGGACAUUUUUAUAUGGAAUGGUGCAUGUGUAUUAACAAACAUGGGAGAAAGAUUCAAGUAUAGUCAGAAACAUCAUUGACAGAACCAGUUUCAAAUUGAAUCCUAGAAGAGACAAAUUGGAAGGGAAACAUCAAAGACUACCAGCAUUCCUUAAAGUACAUGUUUAUUGUGAAUGAUGAGAUUCUAAGACCUUCUUCAUUUGAUAUUUAUAUAUUUUUAGCACCUGUGUAUUUUUACAAAAGCUGAUACUGUUGUUUUCCUGAAUUUAAACAUUUCUUCAGGACUAUGAAUACACUUAUUUAAUUCAUUGUAUAAUUUUUAUAAUGAAAAAUGUUUUCAUAGUUCAAGCUUUCUACCCAGGACCAUAAAAAUAAUGUUUCCAUAUGAUCAAAUUGUUUUUUGGUCUAAAAUGUUGUUGUAACUAUGUUGUUAUAUAUUUCAAAUAAAUUUAGUAUGAAA